UAUGCCCGAAGUUGAGAAUGGAGUCUGCUGUGGUUUUGACAACUGUAAUGAAAGGAGUUGCAGAUGCACUCCGAUUAGAUGGUGAUGGAAAUAGGCCAAAGGAAGCCUACCUCAAGUACCUUGAAUGCAUCUUUCGCAUCACCACUAAGUUACUACAGAAUGUCAAGUCUGAUGGUGGGCAGGUUCAUAUCACUAAGGAAGUGGUACGAUUUGUACGCCUUGGCAACCAGUGCAUGGAGCGAACUGUGGCCAUUGUCAACCAGUUCACUUCAGGAAUAUCACCAGAUAAACAGAACCUGCUAGUGAGGUCUGACAGUCAGUUCUUUCCCCCAGAAUCCAAGUCAGCCCCAGCCACACCUGUCAAUCAGAAAUCAUUGGACUUUGGGGCUCUGGAUAGUCGGUUCAGACUUUCCUCUGCCCCAACCCCUCUCCCUAUUGCCAGUUCUCAGACAAAACAAAAGGUGUUGACUCCAUCAGAGGUAGCCAUGAUGAAGAACCAUCAGUUGAUGAUUGCCUAUAAAACAAGGAUGGGAGGCCUGGGCACCCGAAAGUCGGCUGCCGCCAGUUUGAGUUUGACAUUACAGAGGAAGAUAGCUGAAAACUUAGCAAUUGCAAAGGCUCAAGAAGAAGCUCUUGCGAAAAAGAUCCAGGAAAGACAACACAGACUGGAGGAGCAAGCGGCUAGAAAAUUUAACAGUGUUGAUGGAAUGUCUGAGGAAGAAGAACAGAAGAAAGAAAUUUAUAAGAAGGUGUUAGAAUAUGAACAGGACACGAGUUGGUUGACAGACUUGAGACUACAACUACAAGAAAACCCUGAUGAUGCUCAGUUAAUGCAGCAGCUCAUCCUUGGUAUCUUAAAGUGUUCUGACCAUCCUCUAACUCAGCAGCUGAAACUUUACCAGUUCAAGCUGUACGAAAAGAUCCAUCCCCUCGUCUCCAAAAAGAUUGAGUACCUGUCUGAGAUCAAGGUUCCCCUUUCUACGAGUUUGUUUCCACCAGGGGUGGCAAAAGUAUGGGACGAUUCCCAGGAGUCUGGAGGAGACUCUGAUAGUGACUCCCUUGAGGAGGAGGGGGAGGAGGAUGAAGCAGAUCAGAUAGAUGUAUUUGAAAAAGAUGAACAGAGUGUAACACCAGGUGAAAACAAAUCUAUGGAAGUGACAGAUGAUAGUAGUAAUGUUGAAGAUGAAAAAACUAAAGAGGAAGAAGAAAGUGAAUAUGUAACGGUGAACCAGCUUGAGGAUAUUUCUUCUGAUAUAAAAGAGGAUUUAGAAAUUGCUUUAGAUAAAGGAGAAAAAGUGAAAACACAAUUAAAACAUGAAAACAAGGAAGUGAACAAAAUUCUCAGACAAGUGUCAAAUGAUAUUGAGAAGUACAGUUUGGAAAAUAUGGAUGAUUUGUUCGAUGAUGAUGAUGAUGAUGAUGAUGAUGAUGAUGAUGAUAAUGACGACAAUGAUGAUGAUGUUGAUGAUGAUGAUAACAAUGAUCAGGGAAAUGAUAAAUGGAUGCCUCCUCCGUAUUCCUCCUUGUCAGCAACAGAUAAAAACAGCACAUAUCAUUCCAGUGAAUUGGAUAAAGACACACAGAAUUCUGACCAAUCAAAAUCAAAUUCAAAAUCAUGUGAUACACAGAAUUCUAACCAGUCGGAAUCAAACAAAAAGUCUUGUGAUAAAUCAGGUUCAGUCUCGGACAGUAAGUCCUCCUCGCCCAACAGAAGACAUUCGUCCAGUAACAAAUUUGUACGUCGCCCACGUGUUGAGCAUGUGCAGGCAAUGGACAAGCAACUUGCAAAUAUGAAAAAUGAGGCAUACCAUCGUCACCUGAAGGGUAUAUCACAGGAUGUGCAGAUUUAUCUAGAGAAAAUACAGGCCCUUUUUACCAUGACAUAUGAACAGCUGGAUUCCCCAGCAGGUCAGGACCAGUGUUAUGCGUGUUUAGAGAAACCAUUUUUCCAGCCUAUCUGGCAGUACCUGAUAUCACUGUACAGACUCGCUAAUGAGCCAAAGGAGAUAGCUGUUGCCUAUGUGAUGACUAGGCACCAACACAGCACCCCGAAGGACUUCAACAUCAGCAAGAAGUUACGCCUGGAUCAGGGGUCAUGUGACCAGGACAACAGCUACCCCUACCAGCCGGCGGUGGCACAAGUACAGGCCAUCACUACACAGUGUACCCUACUGGACAAGCUAGAGUGUCUAGUGCGGUCAUCCCGACAGAUCUGUCAGUGUAUAGAGGACCACUAUAAAGGCAAUAAGGCGAGUGACGACAAGGUGCCCUCUGUGGGAGCAGACGACCUCCUACCAAUCCUGUGUUACGUCAUUAUCAAGGCCGCCCAGCCACAGAUUGUCUCAGAGUGUCACAUCAUGGAAGAAUUUAUACAUGAAGGGUACAUAAUGGGGGAAGAAGGUUACUGCUUGACUUCACUGCAGACAGCACUGGCUUACCUCACCUCCCUAGGCAUGGUGGACCAGUCCUAGGACCUUCAUUACCUCCCUUAUCAUGGUGGACCAGUCCUAGGUCCUACUUUACCUCCUUAGGCAUGGUGGACAAGUUGUAGGACCUACCUCACCUCCCUCAGCAUAGUGGACCAGUCUUAGGACGACCAGUCAUAGGACCUACCUUACCUCCCUAGGCAUGGUGGACCAGUCUUUGGACCUACUUAACCUCCCUAGGCAUGGUGGACCAGUCUUUGGACCGACUUUACCUCCCUAGGCAUGGUGGACCAGUCUUUGGACCGACUUUACCUCCCUAGGCAUGGUGGACCAGUCAUAGGACCUACCUUACCUCCCUAGGCAUGGUGGACCAGUCUUUGGACCGACUUUACCUCCCUAGGCAUGGUGGACCAGUCUUUGGACCGACUUUACCUCCUUAGGCAUGGUGGACCAGUCUUAGGACCGACUUUACCUCCUUAGGCAUGGUGGACUAGUCUUUGGACCGACUUUACCUCCCUAGGCAUGGUGGACUAGUCUUAGGACCUACCUCACCCCCCUAGGCAUGAUGGACUAGUCUUUGGACCUACCCACCUCCCUAGGCAUGGUGGACAAGUUGUAGGACCUACCCCACCUCCCUAGGCAUGGUGGACCAGUCAUAGGACGACCAGUCAUAGGACCUACCUUACCUCCCUAGGCUUGGUGGACCAGUCAUAGGACCUACUUCACUUUCCUGGUAAUGAUGGACCAGUCAGAUUAUCUACUUUACCUCCCUAGGCUCGAUGGACCAGUCAAAGUACUUACCAGUUAUAUGACCCAUUUUGCCUCCCUAGGCAUAGUGGACCAGUCGUACAUCCUACAUCACCCACCUGGUCAUAGUGGACCAGUCGUACAUCCUAAAUCACCCACCUGGUCAUAGUGGAACAGUCGUAGGACCUAUCUUACCUCUCUUGGCAUGGUGAACAAGUCAUUUGAUCUACCACAUAUCCCAUGGCAUGGUGGAACGGUUGUACAUGCUACUUCACCUUCCUGGUAUUGGCGGGUCCAGUUCAGUGAGUUGUAGGACCUACUUUACCUCACUAGCAAUGGUGUACCAGUCCUCGGACCUACUUCACCUCCCUAGACAAAGUGGACUAAUCAUGACAUGCUCUUAUAGAGGAAUUAGUGUGCUGUUUCUGGGGUCUUCCUCACCUUUCCAGGUAUUGUAGAUAAGUGGCUUCCUCUCACUGUGUGGAGUAAUGGAAGAGUCCUCUGGUACUUCCUGUUAUUCUAUAUAAUGGACCAUUCCUAGUGCCUGUAUUACCUUUUAUAGCAAAAUGAACCAGUCAAAGAGCCUGUAUCAUUUUUGUGUCCAUAGACAUGUUCUUGCGUCUACACCCACUUUCUGUACAUCAUGUAUCAGACUCAGGUCUCUUUGAACUGAACAUGUUCCUAGACCUGCCUCACCUUUCUGUUUACAAUUAGAUUCAAUUCUCUGUGAUGUUGAACCAUUAUUUUACCUGUAUCAUAUUUCUGUUCAUCAUGGAUCAGACCCAGGUCUUUCUGAAAAAUCAACCUAUCCCAACAAACAUGACUCUUCUCAGCAUAGGUCACCAAUCCUGGGGUAUUGUUUUGUUGUGCUAUUGAAAAUGUUCCAUUAGUACUACAGGUUUCUGAAGGUAACUCGUUCCAGGACAUGUCACAGCACAGUGACAGUUCCAUUGUUAACUAUAGACCUGUCGAUCUGAUGCUUAGUUCUGUGGACUGGUAUAUUUUAAGAAAAAAUGAAUUAGGAAGAGUCAAGGUUGCAAUCAGAGGACAAAGGGUAAAACCAAUCAUUUUGGUUAAGCCGCAGUUCAUCUACCUGUUUUUCCAGCCGAAAAUUAGUUAAGUUUGUUAAUGGGCAGGAUGUGCAAGACCAAUUGUUUCUUACCAACCUGAAAAUGUCAAAGAAAAUGUCACAUAGUUAUUUUUUGUUGAAAAGAGUAGUCCCUGUCACAUGACCAGUUGUAUCAGUAUCAGUAGUGAUCAAGGUUGUGGAAAAAUGAGUGAUGUGUGUGAUUAUUUGGUUGGUCGACAAAUAUAUAUAUAUAAAUGCUUAUAAAAUAUGCCUUUUACCGUCAGAGUUUUUCCGGCUGGCAAGUAAAAACAUGGCGGUAAAAAAUAUUGAGUAGAUGAUUAGUCAGUCCUGUGCUAUUGUAUAUUGUCAAACAGAAGAACUUCGUAUUUGUUUGACAGAAUGUCAGAGUUAACGAGGAUUAAAUAUGGUAUUUACCGACCAUCAGAGUAAACGAGGCCCACCCUAUUAAUGUUUGUAUCAAUUUGUACCAACAUACGUCAUUAUAUACAAUCAUUAGGGGAUGUGAUGGUUGACAUAGGAAGUUUCAGGUGUCAAAGGUUUGAAAAUUGACACUCAUUAUAUCUGUGUGUUAUCAUAACUAGCAAUACAAUUCAGCUUAACAAUGACAAAAAUGUACCAUAUUGUUUCCAGAAGUAUCAUAAAAUCUUCCUGGUUUUCCUGAAGAAAAAUCUAUAAGUCGGAGGAGAAACAAAGACACUGUAAACAAGAUUGUGACUGUUGGUAACGACAUUCUGUAUAAUUUGAAACUCUCGCUAUGUAUCUACUAGUAUAUUCGAAGCUUCCAUUAACUCAAUGACACCAUAUAUCGGUACAAAGAAUAUGUUUAAAUGUAAAUGUAACAAUUUCGGGUAGAAAUCCUGGCGGAGCUGCAAAUGUUUAUGCA